CUGCAUAAGAAUUUGGAGGGGUAACAGUGUGGCUGAACAUAGACACAGAGUAACUCUAUGGCAGACUGCCAGUGAUAAAAGCAGUAUGAAUACAGAUGCCGCCAGGAUUAUGCCGACAGAGACCUCAGGUGCCCAGGCUGAGGAAGGUGUUGAGGAAGGGGGUGGGAAAGAGGUCAGAGCCCAGAAUGUGGAGAUGAAGCUUAUCCAGCGAGAGUCAGAGGAGGAACUGGAGUCAAAGCUAAGCAGUGACAUCAUAGCAUUGGUACUACGGCAACCAAGAAACCACAAGAAGGCAAUUCUGUACCUCACAUUAACAGCACUGCUUAUAUUUACUACAGCGUUCUUACUGGGCUACGUCGUUUUCCGUGGAACGUGUGAGCUGUGUGAGGAUGAAGGGGAGCUGGUGCCAAUCGAUGACACGGCUUUGCCGGAUCAUUCCGCUGCAGUAGGUGUGAUGUACAUGGGAGACCUCAGAGACAUGCUAAAGAAAUACCUCAAAGAGGAAAAGAUCGAAAACACCAUCAGGCGGGUGAGCAGGUCCACCCAUCCAUCGGGGUCGUCUGAGGGGAAUGAACUGGCCAAAGAGAUUCUGGAGACCUUCCAGAGAUUACGCAUGGACCACACCUGGACUGACUCACACUAUGCCACUCUGCAGUUCCCCUCUAAGACCCAGAGGAAUGCCUUGUGGCUGGUGGAUGCUGAGGGGAAGGAGCUGGAGGAGAUUCCUUUGGACACUACAGAUUACUGUGCCUACAGCACAACAGGAACAGCUGAGGGCGGCGUGGUGUACGUAAAUUACGCUCGGUGGCAGGACUUUGAUCAGUUGCGUUCUCUGGGUGUUUCUCUGAGGGGGACCAUAGGCGUUGCCAGGGUGGGUGGGGGCAUGAGCUUUGCUGAGAAGGUUCGGCAUGCCCAGCAGGCCGGAUUAGUGGGCUUACUGAUUUACCCAGACCCUGCUGAUGUGCCCCAGGACCCACGCCGACUGGGUCUCAGCAGUCACAUCGCCAUCUCUGAACACGUUCACCUGGGUUCUGGUGACCCUUUCACACCAGGGUUUCCCUCCUUCAACCACACCCAGUUUCCACCCACCCAGUCUUCAGGCUUGCCAGUCAUUCCUGCUCAGCCAAUCAGUGCUAAUGUUGCGUCCAAGUUGUUAAGUCAGUUGGUUGGUUCUGAGUGCCCCCGUGGUUGGCAGGGAAGGCUGCCAUAUGUGCACUGUGUGCUGGGUCCAGAGUUCAGUGGGGGAGAUGGACGGAAACUGAGGAUGGGGGUUUAUAACACAAUGACCCCUGUCCUGCUUAAUAACAUCUUUGCCUCCAUAGAGGGGAAAAUUGAACCAGAUCAGUAUAUCAUAAUGGGGGCACAGAGGGACUCGUGGGGUCCUGGAGCAGUGAAAUCUGGUGUUGGCACCGCCAUUCUGCUGGAACUGGCCAGGACAUUCAGCGCCAUGGUGGAAAAUGGGUUCUACCCCAGACGAAGUCUACUGUUUGUCAGCUGGGAUGCCGGUGAUUUUGGAAAUGUUGGUGCCACUGAGUGGUUAGAGGGAUACCUUUCCAUGUUGCAUCUGAAAGCUGUGGCUUACUUCAGUUUGGAUAAGGCUGUUAUGGGUGAUGAUACUCUGUCUGCUUACACCAGCCCAUUACUAGUGGACCUAAUUGAAGGAGCCAUCAAACAGGUUGAGCACCCUAAACACACUGGUCAAACUAUCCUGGCCCAUGCUGAGAGUCAGGGUGGAUGGAAGAGCAAAAUAAUAAAGCAGCUAUAUCUCAAUAGCGGGGCAUACAGUUUCACUGCUUUUGGGGGCGUACCAGCCAUGGAGCUGCGCUUUAGUGAGGAGGCGCGUGUGUACCCAUUUGUGAACACACAGUUAGACAGUGCAGGGCGAUUGCAGGAGCUCCUGCAGGGGCGUCUGGGGGCGGUUGGUCGUACACUGGCUGAGCUUGUGGGUCUGAUGGUACUGAAACUGUCUCAUGACCACAUCCUUCCUCUGGACGUGACCUGUUACAGUAGUGCUGCCCUCCACUUCAGCUCACAGCUAAACCAGCUCUCUGCUCAACUACAGGCACGUGGUUUAUCACCCCAGUGGGUGUUCAGUGCUAGGGGUGAUUACAGCAGGGCAGCCAAAACUCUACAGGAAGCCAUUCAAAACAGUGACAUCCAGGACGAGAGGAUGAACAGGCUCUACAACACACGCAUCAUGAGGGUAGAGUACUACUUCCUGUCUCAGUACGUGUCGGCAGUGGAGAACCCGUUCCGUCAUGUGCUGCACGGGCGUGGCGAACACACGCUGAGCGCGCUCACUGAACACCUCUCUCUUCUGCGCUCGCACCCUCAGCUCUUUGACGAGGCCCGUUUCCGACGGCAACUGGCCUUCUUUACCUGGACCCUACAGGGUGCUGCCAAUGCACUCAGUGGAGAUGUUUGGAAUAUCGAUAUCAUACGUUAGAAACGGGACACUCAUGCUUUUCUAAAUCGCUAGAAUUUUUUCUGUACAUACUCAUUGACAAAGCAGCAUUUGGUGGCUGUACAUCGACAUUACUAAAUUUUCAAAUUACUGGUUCAUAAAAUGGUCAUAUCUUUAACCAAUGUGCAGACAUACAUUACCUUACAGAAAUACAAAAACCUUCAUAGAGUAGCGGUAAUGUUUUUAUCAAACAGUAGACUAUCACUUUACAAUCAAAACCUUUCUCAGACAUGUCCAUAUACAUUUUCUCUGUCAUAACACUUUUGGCCAACAGAUGAAACAGUGUAACAGUCUAAACAUGUGCUGACUUAUGACAAAUGUGGAUGUUUGUUUAGUGUAUGAGCAACUUCCUUCCUUCUACUUUGUUCACACUUUUUUUGUCCUUCUUCUUUUUUCUUUCUUUUCUUUCUGUCUGGCCACGGCAGUAUCACUGUUCUUACAGAACAGUGAGUUUCUCCUUUUAAUUACUUGUUAAUUGUUAAUAGAGAUUGUUACAUGAUUCUUUUUUAUUGCUACUUGAUAAUGGACUCGUUACCAAUGUAAGCAGUAAUUAUCGGGAGCAGUGACUCUCAUAAUUAUGACAGUCAUACUGUCGUUCAAUCAGAAAGCAGCAUCUGCUAUCAAUCGGGGUGAUGUCACAGAGAGGGGAAAGCGUUGAUAACUGGUCAUGUGACCCCUCUGAUUGUGACAUCAUCAACCACUGUCUGGCCAGUGAUAUUGGAGACAACUGAAAUGUGUUUAAAAAGUAGCAUACAAGGGCAUGUCCUUACAACAGGGGCAAUGUGAAUGCAUUAAUUAACUACAUCUGAAUGUAACAUUUUUAUCUAAGUCCAGGGAACAUUGCUGAAGCAUAAGGAAUUAGGAAUGACAAUCACACAUUCACAAGCCCAGUUCCAAAACUACAGAAGAAAGCUUCCUCUCUGCACAGCCCUUUUUUGCACUGAGGGUCGGACAGCAGGAGAGGACAAGAUGGAGAUACUGUUUAAUUUGAAUAUUUAUAGUUUGAUAAGUGGGACAGCUUCAAAUGUAUCAGUCAUACCAUACUGAUGUAACAUACUGAUUGUGUAUGGAGGGUUUCAGUGUACUGCUACAACAAUAGAGCUCCAAUAAAGCUUUCAUUU